GCAGCCACAGUGCACCAGAACACACACCAGCUUUUUUUUUUUUGCAUGAGGUCUCUCAUCAUCUUCCUGUUGUACUUCCUUCUACACUUCCCUCUGUACUUCCUGGUUCUGUUUAUAGCCAUAUUGGGUGCAUUCUAUUUUUAUUUUUUUUCUUUCCUGGAACAGUUUUUAUUUGUUACAUGUCAUGACCAAGUCAGUAUAUAAACACACCCAACACUGAGUGUGAGGUUCUUUCUGAAGAAGUGAUGAAGAUGCUGCACCUGUCUGUGAUUCUGCUCACGCUGUCCGGUGUUUUCACACAGGACAGUGGAUGGCGUGUGAAUUAUCUCGAGCCGAUCUGUGCUGUGAGAGGGUUCAGUGUCUCUAUUCCCUGUCGUUAUGCUUAUCAGUCAUUAAAUCCCAAUAUUCAGGUGACACAAAUGCUUUGGUGCUCAAUGAACUCAAACACAGGAGGGUGUCAUAACCCCCCGUAUGUUUAUAACAGCUCAUCAAACAUCAAGUCAGACUUUGAGUACGUUGGAGACAACAAAUCAGACUGCACUUUGUUAAUCCACAAUGUACAGUUCAGUUAUUCUGGAGAGUACAAAUUCAGAUUUAUAACUGAUCAGACUGGUGGAAAAUUCACAGGUGAUUCUGGAGUGAUUCUACAAGUUGCAGAUUUAAAGGUGUCACUAAUCAGGCUCAGUGGAAACGGAACCCUUAAACAAGGAGACUCGUUAAAUCUGACGUGUGAUGUGAACUGCACACAAAGUUCCUCACAGUUUGUGUGGUCUAAGAACAACGAGCGCUUACCUGAAUCAGGACCCGUUCUUCACUUUCCUGCUGUAACCGUGAGGGAUUCUGGGAAUUACACCUGCACUUGGAGAACCAACAGGGCGUCAGGAUCUAAAACGAUCAGCCUUCUCGUCGAGGGUGAAGAAUCCAAUCCUGCACAUGGGUCAAUCUGGAUCAUUGUUGUGGUGACAGCUGGAGUGGUUUUCAUCAUCUUAGUCAUAUUAGGAGCUGUCAUUUACUACAGGAGGUUUCUGAGAGAGCGCAGGAGUGUCAACACCAAGCAGCAGAAGAUGGACGAUUCUGGUAUCUAUGCUAACGUAUAAUAACAACGAGCUAAUCACACUUUCACCCCUCACACACAACUUAAAGGUUUACGACUUUUCUGUGUGCAUAUUCACUUCUUAUAUUUUUAUUUCUGUUCUUAUAACUUAAUUUCAUGAUAUUUAACUUGGCUAUUAAUUAUCUACAUUUAUUGUAAUUUCAGCCAUGGAGCAAUUUUAAAGCUGGUUUAGAAACAUAGACACAAACAUGCAGCAUGAUGGUGUUUUUUUUAUUGAGGUUUAUUAUUAUUAUUAUUAUUAUUAUUAUUAUUAUUAUUAUUAUUAUUAUUAUUAUUUCACAUUCAUGCUCUGGAACAAUAAAAGAGUGUUUCUUAAAGUAUAAAUCACGUGAUUUUUUUGUUGUUGUUCAAGAGGAUCACGGUUAAGACACGUUAAUGAAUUCACAUCCUGAUGUGAAGCCUGACUGAGCAGAUGAAGAGAAAAUGAAAGCCGAUGCUUCUGAAGUAAUGGUUUGCAGAAAUUCUCCAAGUUGUGCGUAUAGGGUUUCAGGAUUUCACCACUUGCUGGCAGUGUUGCUC